UACCAGUUUCGUCUUGUAAAAGAUCAACCUAGCUGAAACACCUUACUGAAGGUUAUUACACGUUUUAAUAGCUUUCGUGUGAAUUUUGUAGAUAUUUCAGUCAAAAUUUAGAUAGAACACAUCGUAAUCUUAGAGUUAUUCACAGGUAUAAAGUUUCACGUAAGCCAGUUUUGUUAGUGCAAUUUGAAUCAUUUAGUGAAUAGCUAGACAAGACACCACUGCAACACCGUUAAAUUGAUAGCAGGAAGCACGACCUCACAUAAAACAAGAUAAACCACAGUUUUUAUAACCUACCACAGACACACGACGAAGAAAACUUAGAACAUAGACUAAAAAAGUCCGUAAGACUCAAAACUGCAUGUGAUAUUAAUUUAAUAAAAAAAAAGUAUUUAUUGUGACUGCAUUUAGAAUUUAGAAUUCGCUAUAUAAAUCCGCCAUUUAUAGAACUAGCCAUAGACUAAGAAGUAAUAGACUACAGAUAAAAUAAGGAGGCUGGAUCGAAGGAGGUUGUAUACGAUAAAAUCGGCAAGUAAGAUGAAAGACAACAUGAAAUCGUGCGGGCACACGUUAUCAGAUGACGUCGUGUACAAAGAAGUAGUUGUUAUCGGCAACGGGCCAAGCGGCAUGGUGACGUCAUUCAUGCUGGCUGGCAACGUACCGUACCUAAAGGACAUCCCCGAUGAUCUGCCAAUAGACGAAAUGCUAAGAGCCAGACUAUCAAACAUACCACGCGGACAAAGUUUAUAUGAAACUGAUCUCAUGGAGCUGGCUGAAGGACUUGAGGGAAGGAGCCAGAAUCCCAUACCGCUACUGAUGGACAAUUUACUAAGGCCGUGCGCUGAUCUGGGUAUCCAAGCAGACUCACUCAUUGAAUGGAAAUAUGACGUAGAAAAACAGAUCGACCACAUAGUGCUAGGUCGCGGCCCCCCCGGCGGCGCGUGGCACACGUUCCCGCCGCGCGUGCGCACGCUGUCCCCCGCCGCGUGGCUGUGGCUGCCGCCGCACGCGCCGCGCGGCUCCGCCCGCCUCACCGCGCGCGCCGUCGCCACCUACUGCAGGAGAUAUGUGCGGGCGUGUAAACUGCAGCAAUUCUUCCGCUCCGGCGUGACGGUGACGAGCGUGACGCGCAUCCCUCAGGGCGGCGCCGCGCGCGCUCGCUGCCACAACACGCGCUGCCCGCUCGAAGCCGCCUACUGUGUCACCGGCUACGACAACGCAUCAGGCGCGCUGGUCCGCUACCUGUGCGCGCGCGUGGUGGUGUGCAGCGGCGCCAGCGACCGCGCCUCCACUCUGGCCGGACACGUCGCGCGACACGCACUGCACUCCCUCGCCACGCUGGAGCGGGCCGCGCAUGUCCUCGGAGAAUAUGAGCGCUCGUCGCCGUGUGUAGUGGUGGGGUCGGGCGUGAGCGCGGCGGACGGCGUGCGGCUGCUGCGCGCGCGCGGCCUGCACGCGCACCACCUGCACCGCACGCCCGCCGACGGACUCGCCCGGCUCGCGCCCGCCGCCUACCCGGACUACUGCCAGGUAUACAAAAUGAUGUGCGACGGCCCGUCCGGCAACCACGAGAACUACACCCCGUACCCGGAGCACAUGAUCAUAGAGGUGACCCCCGUGGCCGACGACACCAGCAAUAUCAACGCGGACGACCUCGAGGAGCUGGCCCUAGGCCUCAAGCGGGUCAAACUCCUCAACCUCAACACCAAAGAGGUCACAGAACUAGAAACCAGACUCAUCGGAGUCUUCAUCGGCUCCAAACCAGACCUCUCCUUCCUACAGACCAACUUCCUAGACUGCAUCGACAUCAAAAUGGAUUGCACAAAAUGCAACGAAGAAUCCAAAGUGAAACGGAAGAUAGAAGAGAAACAAAGCUUCCUCAAAAACCACUGGCACUACAUCAAAUCUAUGUUAGGACAGAGCAUCCAGAGUUGCAAGUCGAGAUACCUCAAUUACUCCGAAAUCAAUGGCAACACUGACACGAAAUGCGAAGUACCGGACUGUAACAAACUUAGGAAGAACGGUAUGAUCGAUAAAUGUCAAAUCAUUCCUUAUUCGGAUGAAAAAGAGGAGACAGUGCAAUGUUCUUGCGACUCUAUGAAUCCUUAUGUGUCUGGGCUAGGGUUUGGUAUUGACCCUAAGAAGGCUGUGGAUGGGAGGAACAACCCUAUAGCUAUAGACAAGAGUAGCCACGAGGUCCUGAACGCGCCGGCGGGGCUGUACGCGCUGGGCCCGCUCACGGCGGACAACUUCGUGCGCUUCAUCCCGGGCGGCGCGCUCGCGCUCGUCGCGCACAUGCACCAGAAUAAACACUGACUUGCCAUAACCACUAAUGUGAUUGCAAUACUUAAUUUUGUUUUUUUUACAAUAAAUUAUUUUUUAUACCCGG